CCUUUCCUUUCCCCAACCUAUCCAUUUGAUUUCAAUUUUGGGCUGGUUCGGUUCAGUUCUCUGCUGAUUCAUCCCCGAGGAGAAAAGAAGAAGCUUUCCAAUGGCUCCUCCUCGCGGCGACGCAUCCGCCGCUGCAGAGGAAGCCAUGCUCGCUCAGCUCGAGAAACGUCCGGUCUGCACCAUCCUCAUCAUCAUCGCUAUGCAGACGGAGGCGCUUCCUGUGGUGAACAAGUUUCAGCUUGUAGAGGAUCCCAAUACCGUGUUCCCAGAAGGGGUUCCUUGGGUUCGUUAUCAUGGUGUAUACAAAGACUUGAAUAUAAAUUUGAUCUGGCCAGGAAAAGAUCCAUCUUUGGGGGUUGAUAGUGUUGGCACGGUUUCUGCAUCUUUGGUGACAUAUGCUUCUAUUCAAGCAUUACAACCUGACCUAAUCAUAAAUGCAGGGACUGCUGGCGGCUUUAAGGCAAAAGGGGCGUGCAUUGGAGAUGUGUUUCUUGCAUCUGAGGUUGCAUUCCAUGAUAGAAGGAUCCCUAUCCCUGUUUUUGAUCUGUAUGGAGUUGGUCUGCGUCAGGCCUUGUCCACUCCAUCUCUUGUGAAGGACCUUAAUUUAAAGGUCGGGAAGUUGUCUACUGGUGACUCUCUUGACAUGUCUCCACAAGAUGAAGCAACAAUCAUUGCCAAUGAUGCUACAGUUAAAGACAUGGAGGGUGCUGCUGUUGCUUAUGUGGCUGAUCUUCUGAAAGUUCCGGCAAUAUUCGUGAAAGCAGUGACCGACCUAGUGGACGGCGACAAGCCAACAGCGGAUGAAUUCUUGCAGAAUCUCGCAACAGUAACAGCAGCACUCAAUGAGACGGUGUCCCAGGUGGUGAAUUUUGUAAACGGAAAGUGUCUCUCCGAACUCUAAUAAGUCGCCAUGUCAGUUCUUAGGUUCAACGUUGAAGAUACGGUCUAUCAUCUAUUCGGGCUUCAGAUUUAUGUAGCAUUUCUAGAUCUGAUUCGAAGGAGAGAUUCUAGUUCGUGUAGAUAUUUAUCAUGUAUCUUCCAAAUGCUCAGGUUAGUUGUGGCAUCACGUUGUGCCUUGUUGAACUGUUCCACCAUCUCGUGAACUUGAUGACCUGAGUUGAGCGGCAUUGAAUGUUAUGAGCAUAUACUCAAAACUCAGUUGGAUCAUCCAACUUGGAUGAGAUUUGACACUGACAUUAUCAA